ACUUGUAGCUACUCGGAAUUUGAAUUUGAACGAACCAAACAUCAGUGAAGAAAAUACAAAUGCACAACCGGAUUAUUUUUAAAGUGCUGUAGCUCUAAUUAACUACAUUUGUUCUCUUUUGCGUGGUCAAAAUGUCUGAUGAGGAAGAGGACUAUAUGUCCGAUGCAUUUCUCAGUAAAAUACCAGAUGUGAAGCCAGGUGUCAGCAUGGUGAGGCGGUUAAAAGAAGAAAUAAAGAAGGAGACAGAGAUCAAGGAGACAAACAUCAAGAACCGCCAGAAGACCUAUAAAGAGCAAGAGAAGGAAAGCAGAGAGGCAGUUUUACAGAACUCAAUUUGCAAAGAGAACAAGGGAUUUGCAAUUCUGCAGAAAAUGGGUUACAAAGCUGGUCAAGGCCUAGGGAAGGCAGGAGCAGGAAGGGUUGAUCCAAUUCCUUUAAACAUCAAAACCGACAGAGGUGGAAUUGGAAUGGAAGAGGUGAAGAAAAGAAAAGCUGAGGAGGAACUUCAACAUUAUCGUCAGAAAACACGAGCCAAACAACACAAUGAGACAAAGUCUCUGGAAGACUUUAGGUCGAGAGUAAGGACAGAGAGAGAGGAGCGGAAGAUUGAAGGAGAUCUCAGAAAGAGUCAGCGAGCCUGUGAGCAGCUUGACAGUCAGAAGGGCAUCACUGUCCCAAGGGAAGACUGGUACUGGCCUAAAAUAGAAACUAAUGACGAGGAGGAUGAUGUUGAGGAGAAGGAGGAAGAAGAAAAAGAAGAAGAUGAAGAUGAAGAGGAGAUUGUUGAAUUAAGCUCUUUUGACAAACUGCCCAUUUUGACCUCCUAUUUGAGAGGAAUCCAUUUUUACUGCAUAUGGUGUGGGACCACCUACAAUGAUGAAGACGACCUGUGCUCUAACUGUCCCGGGGACACAGAAGCAGACCACGAUUAAACUCAAACAUAUGAACAGUAGUUCCCAGUGAAAAAGCAGUUGAAAAUGUUUAACCUGCCAAACAUAAUGUUAAAAGGGGGUGCAGAGAGCAUUUUACGCUGUGAAACAGGCUCGUCACCCCUGGUUCUUAAGCAGUUAAGGAAAUAGUCGAUUAGCAGUACAGAAAUAUGUAUAUAUUGUUCCCAUUUGAAUCUGUUUCCAUCUCUGGAAGAACAUCACUGUUUAUAAUCUUUGUACGGCGGUCUUGGUUUUAUGAAAUCUACAUUAAGUCAGUGGGAAAUUCAGGAUGCCUUUUUUAUUUACCUUUUUUAAAUGUUUAAGACAUGUUUCAGGAGCAAUUGAAAUCCUAUGUUUUCAUUAAAUGUUUGAAGAUGUA